AUGAAACUCAUUCAUACUCAGUCCUACCAGUUGUCUGAGGUCGCGGACUUCAACAUACCUCCAUUUGCAGUGCUGUCUUACGCACCGGCGGCUUUGUUUCCUUGUGAUAGCCAGCAAGUUCUCUCGCAGCGAACGGCUACUCAUUUUAACAACACCGUCUUACAGGCUUGUCAGAAAGCAGACGCCCGGGGACUGCAAUUUCUCUGGUUCGGAUCUGUAUGCGUUGACAAGACCUCGUCUUUGGGCCUGCAACACGCUGUAAGCUAUUCCUUUCGCCUUCUGCAAGCAGCAACAGUGUGUUUUGUCUAUCUCCAAGACCUCUUGCCGUCUUCUGCCUCACUAGAAGAAAGCUGGGGCGGCUGCAGAUACUGGAAGCGAAGUUGGACACUCCAAGAGCUGAUUGCACCUCCAAACGUUGAAUUCUUCGACGCCAACUGGAACUUCCUCGGCGCUAAGUCUUCUCCGGGCCUUCUCGAUCUUCUUCAGACUGUCACCCGGAUCGACCAGAGCAUUUUGACAGACAGCAACGCCUUCUCAAGGGUCGCGAUCGGAGUGAGACUGUCGUGGGCGGCCGGAAGAGAAGCCACUCGCGCCGAGGACGCUGCGUAUUCUUUGGUAGGCAUUACUGGCGUAAACAUGUCCGUUAGGUACGGCGAAGGCCUAGAUCAGGCAUUUGCUCGUCUUGUGAAGAAGAUCAUUGGUGCCAACAUGGAUGGCUCGAUCUUUGCUUGGACCAGCCAUGAUGACCAGUUUGCCCGAGGACUUCUUCCGCAGUCCAUAUCCGAGUUCCGGCAUCUUGCGAACACUGUCGAUUUCCCGUUGUUGCAACAACCUUGGACUUUCGACGGCAAUGUCAUGCUCAACAGUAACGGUCUACUUCUUGACUCGCACGCAUCAUUGCAAGACUCCUCCCUCGUAUUGGAGAUCGGCCAGGCUUCCGAACAUCGACUUGGUAUACGCAUCCAAAUGUGGAAGAGAAGAUUCGUUCGAGUCAACUCACGAGACUUGGUGCGGGGUUUCAGGAGUCCGAGGCCUUGCCGAAUUCUUGCAGCCCGCAAUAUCGAUGCGGAUACAAAGCGAUCUAGUCACCUAGAUACUGACACUUGCGAAUACUCGGCCGCACCACUUGGUUCUUCUCCAACUGUCUCGCCUUGUAUCUUGGACGACGACUCUUGGAGCUCAUGUAGUUAUCCCGAGGAUACUUUGGACUUUGAAGUCCUCAGCGUCGAUGACCAGGAGGUGGAUGCUUAUGAAGACGACACGGAGGAAUUGGAUAGCCAAGUUGACAUACACGAAAGAACCUCCUUAAGUCCAGACCACCCUUAUCAAUACGAGCGCGAUGCCCUGCUACGUCACUUUAGUCAACGACAAUGCCUGCUAGAAGAUGACCUGCGAUCGACGGAAGAUGUUGUGCGGCAUAUACGGAAACGCCACUCGAAACCACCGUAUUGUCCCAAAUGCCAACUGAUUCUCGAAACACCGACGGCGAGAGACGAACAUGUUCGCAUGAAGAUUUGCGAGCUCCAACAUCCUACCAGAAUCGAAGGUAUUGAUGGAAACCAGCUGAGAAAGAUCACGAAAGUAAUGGCGAGGAGACCCAGAAGGUCGAGUGAGGCGGAGACAUGGGCACGCAUUUGCGCGGUGGCUUGUCCUGGUGCUCUUUCCUGCAUCUCGCCCUAUCUCCAAAAUGGCCUUGGCCUUGAGGUAUCAAAGGUUCGAGAUUAUUGGAACGAUAAGGGUAGGCGUUGUAUUGAGAAGUACAUGUCUGGGAGAGGGGUUCUGUGCUCCGAAGAUGAUCAUGAAAAGGGGGUGUUGAAAGCCUUUCAUGCCCUAACAAUGGCGGAUCUGGUGCAUGACAUGGUCGCCUCCUGUGGUCAUAGUUCGGAAAUUCCAUCGUUGCGAUUCUAA